AUGGUGUUUUGCCGACGUGCACUACGUCGUGCAUUACGAUGUGGCAACAGUCGAUCAUCUGUAUUCGUCGAUAUUGAGAAUGACAUUCAAAAUGAUGUAUUACCAAAACCAAAUAUGUUAAAACAAAUAAUCGUUGAUAAUAUUGCCGAAAAUGACAUUCAACGAGAGAAGCAACAAAUAGCAAAGGUGUUAAAAGAUGAACAUUUCAUGAUGAAUAUGCAUUCAAGGAAAGAAAUUGAUGGUGUCAAAUAUCCUCUGUUGAAUUCAGUUGGGAAUUUUAUACCAAUCAGACGAAUCGUUCACAUUGAUCUCAAAGGGGGUGCUUUAAAGGUGGAUUAUUUUGAAAAGGUAUUCGAAGUGCUGAAAGCACUGGGCGCAACUGGAGUGCUUAUUGAAUGGGAGGAUAUGUUCCCUUUUGAAGGUCGUCUUAAAUCAGCAGUGAAUGGUGACGCUUAUUCUAUGCAACAGGUACAUCGCAUAUUAAGAGGAGCACAAAAAUAUGGAUUGGAUGUGAUACCAUUGAUUCAAACGUUUGGACAUUUAGAAUGGAUUCUGAAA